UUAUCAGUUCAGGUUCAUCAGCUGAUAAGUCAUGUCUCGCGAUUGUACAUUUCUUGUUGUCGGCGGUGGCAUUGCCGGCGUAUCCUGCGCCGAAUCUCUAGCCAUUUGUUGUCUAAAUGCAUCCAUUGUGCUGGUCACCGAAUCAAGCAUUGUGAAAAGCGUCACAAAUCUUGUGCCCGUCGCCCGCUAUCUCCAUAAAUUCGAUGUGAGGGAACAAAUUGCGUCGGAAUUGGGCGCCGGCAUAGCGACAAUUGUGGAUCAACUGGCGCAGAUUAACAGCAGGGAACACUGGGCGAAAACCAAGUCGGGACUUGUCAUCAAGUAUCGUUAUAUGUGCUUAUGCACGGGAGGUGCCCCCAAACUGUUUAGCACCAGUCAGGAGGAACACAAGGAACGGAUUAUUGGCAUACGCGAUACGGACUCGGUGCUGGAGCUGCAGCGAAGAUUGGCCAGUGCUAAGGAUGUGCUCAUCCUGGGAAAUGGUGGCAUUGCCAGUGAACUGGCGUACGAGCUGCGGGAUGUUAAUGUCCAUUGGGUCAUUAAGGAUGCUCACAUAUCCGCCACAUUCGUCGAUCCCGGCGCUGCUGAGUUCUUUCAACUUGCCAACGGGAAGACGGAGUCGGAUUUGGAACAGGAGCCACCAGCGACAACGGCCAUCAAACGGAUGCGUUACAGCGAAAUGUUGCCCAGGGAGGAGGAGGAACUGCAAAAUAAGCAUGGCGCUGCCCUGGGACCGGACUGGCAUCUUAAUUUCGACUUGAGUGGCGGAUCCGGCAGUUCAGGCAGAAACCUACCCAGAGUCUACUACAAAUCCCAUAUAGAGCAUCUUCAGCAGUUGCCAGACGACGGCAGAUUGCGGAUCACGUUGAAACACGACGAUGAUACCCUGGAGCAGCUCAAUUGUGAUUUUAUUGUAUCUGCAACGGGAGUGCAGCCUCGCCAUGAUUACACAACGGAUGCUCCCCUGCAGCUGGCCGAGGAUGGCGGCAUAAACGUGGACGAAAUGAUGCGAACGAAUCUGUCCGAUGUAUAUGCAGCGGGAGAUGUGUGCACAGCUGCUUGGAUGCCGGCACAGCAUUGGUUUCAAAUGCGCCUAUGGACGCAGGCUCGUCAAAUGGGUGCCAUGGCCGGACGCAGUAUGGCGGCCAUUCACGAGGGUGAAACCAUCUACCAGGACUUUUGCUUUGAGCUGUUUGGCCAUGUGACGCAACUGUUUGGCUUUCCAGUCGUGCUCCUGGGCAGAUUUAAUGGCCAAGGAUUGGGACGGGACUAUGAGCUACUCGUGCGAUGCACUCGCAACAAGGAAUACAUUAAAUUUGUUCUUCAAAAUGGAAGAUUACGUGGUGCUAUAUUGAUUGGGGAUACGGAUCUCGCCGAGACGUGCGAGAAUUUAAUACUCAACGGCACAGAUCUGGAGCCUUAUGGCGAUGAUAUACUUAAUCCGGAUAUUGACAUCGAAGAUUACUUUGAUUGAUAUAAUUAUUACGGAUAUUGACAUAGAAGAUUUCUUAAUAUGUUAUUGUACAAUUAAAAGUAUUACUUAUG